UUAAUGGCAGUGUUGGUUAACGCGCAGUUCAAAACGUGCAGCUUGUAAACAAAACUACAAAAUAGAAAUGGGCUUUCGAGUUUUAGAACUAUUCAGCGGAAUUGGCGGCAUGCAUUAUGCUUUUAAAUAUGCGCAAUUGGAAGGAGAAAUAGUUGCUGCCUUAGAUGUGAACACCGUGGCCAAUUCGGUUUACUCUUACAAUUAUGGCAGCGACAUCGUAAAGACCAGGAAUAUCCAGAGCCUGAGCGCAAAAGAGGUCGCGAAGCUGCGGCCCAACAUGCUACUGAUGUCACCGCCCUGCCAGCCCCACACCCGCCAAGGAUUGCAAAAGGACACAGCGGACAAGCGGUCGGACGCACUUACUCAUCUUUGUGGGCUCAUUCCAGAGUGCCAGGACCUGCAGUACAUCCUCAUGGAGAACGUGAAAGGCUUCGAGAGCUCGCAAGCGCGAAGUAUGUUCAUUGGGGCGAUCGAGAAGGCGGGAUUCCAUUGGCGGGAGUUUAUACUAACACCCACUCAAUUUGGUGUUCCAAAUACCCGACAUCGAUACUAUUGCAUUGCCCGCACAGUUAAGGACUUCUCAUUUGCUGGCGGAAAGAUCUGGGAGGACAUGCCUGGUACCAAAGCCCAGGAUCCGACUCUUUCGCAAAUCUCCCAGAUCUUAGAGGAAAAUGUAUCCGCAGAUUUCCUAGUGCCGGAUAAUGUUUUAACCAAAAGGGUUUUGGUCAUGGACAUAAUUCAUCCUGAGCAAAGUAGAUCGAUGUGCUUUACAAAAGGCUAUACCCACUACACCGAGGGCACGGGCUCUGCAUUUACUCCACUCGCGGAAGCGGAAUCCCAUAGAAUCUUCGAGUUAGUGAAGAAAAUCGAUGAAAGCACUCAGGAAACCGAGAAGCCCGAGGAGGUGCUGCAACAGCGCUUGGAGCUCCUGCAUCAGGUUAAAUUAAGAUACUUUACUCCUCGCGAGGUGGCUCGUUUAAUGAGUUUUCCAGAGGAUUUCAACUUUCCCGAGGAGACAACGAACCGGCAAAAAUAUCGCCUGCUGGGAAAUAGUAUAAAUGUUAAGGUAGUAGGCGAACUCAUUAAACUUCUGACGACUAAAUAAUAAAAGAAGAAUGUUAAAUGAAAUCAAAUGGGAAAUUACAAAAAAAAAAAAAUAGGAAUAACAUUUUAAUAUCAUGAUAUUUAUAAACAUUAUUUUUAAGCAAAAAUCUAGAUCGAUAGAA